GUCCACGGGCGGCUGCAGGGAGAAGUCGUAAGAGUUGUUUUGCAUUUAAUGGUGCAAGAGCGUACUGUCUAAGUGAGGUCCAGAAAGCAUUAUAUUAAAUCCACAAGACAUUGCAGGCAUAGGGUCCAUCUUUAAACACAAGAUCUGAAGAAGAAACCUGCAAUAAAUAAUAAAGAUGGAGCAGGACAGUGAAACCAACAUUCCUGUAUCGGACGCCGAGCUGAGCUGCAACACGCCCACCCUCGGCUACUACUGAGCCCGACUACUACCUGGACGUGGCGACGCCCAUGUACAGCUACAUCCAGGACGACCUGCACUACAUGAAGAAGCCCGUGCAUCCGUACGACAAGAAGGCCGGCCAGAAACACUUUCAUCUGCCCGAGGACAAAACGCGAGCGGCCGGUGCGCACGGCGGCCGGGCGCGGCUGGCCCCGCGGCCCGGCAUGCUCACACUGGUGGACCAGCUGGCGCAGCGCUCCAUGUACGAGACGUUCUCGCGCUCUCGCUCGCAGAGUCCGGGCUCGGCCGUCAGCAACGACGAACCCAUCGAGCUGGCCCACUUCCCCGACGCCAAGGUGCCGAACCCGUCGCUGCCGGCGGCCAUUGAGCGGGACGACUUUCCGGCCCCACCGUAUGCUUACGCCGACCCGGAGCGGCGGCGCCGGCUCUCCAGGCCGAUCAGACGACGUCGUCAACGACGAGGACGAGGUCGACGCCGAGCGGGCCGCCGCCGAGGACCCGAAGCUGAAGAAGGAGGAGGCGGAGCUGGCCAAGAUCGCCUCUGGCAUGGGCCAGGUGUUCCUGCACGACCUGCAAGCGCGCCAGCACCAGCGGCGUCAGCAGCGCGCCCACCCGGACCCGCGCAGCACCUCACGGACGCCUUCGGCCGACCGCGAGCCGCGCUAUGGCAUGCGCUACCAGAACCCAGUCAACGCCUCUCCAUCCCGUUUCCUGCACAACCGGAGCCUGGACGAGGAGCUGUUUUACUACCGGUACCACGGCUACCCGCCCGUCGGCUGGUCGGCCCGCGGGCACGCCACGCUGCCGGCCGCCUACAACAUCGGACGGACGGGACUACACCUUUAGUUCGAUCCGUCACCGUCCGUUGGACGGCACACAGUCGGAAGCGUCAUCUGACCGACGAGGAGUUCUUCGCCGUGUUCAGGAUGAGCCCGGCCGAGUUCUACAAGCUGCCCGACUGGCGCCGCAAGAAACUCAAGAAGGCCGUGCACCUGUACUGAGCGCCGGUGCCGCCGCUCUCCCUCACAGCACGCCGCCGCCGCCGCCACCGUUGCUGCUGCUGCUGCUGCUGCUGAUACUACACGGCCCGGUGCCGAGAGCCUCGCAGGCCGCGGGUGCUAGCGCCCAGCCGCCGCGAGCUCACAGAGCAGACCGAGCGCGUCGUCUGCUGGACACCCCGGUAGCCCGCGCGCGCCGCGCGGGCCGCCAGCUGGCAGCUCACCCUCGCUUUCCUUGCUCAGAACACCAGCGGCUGCCCUGGGCGCCACCGCACUGCGCUUCCCGGCGCCAGGCCCGGCUGACGACCCCGCUUCCCUGCUGCGGUCCAUCCCAGGGAGCCGGCAGCGUCCUCUUCGUUCGUGUACCAGUUCGGUGGAGGUGUGGGCUGGGCUGCGUAUUGGUGUCGGCUGUAUGUGUUGGGUGGCCCAGGGUGAAGGCUCCGGUGACGGUGCGGUUAAUCUCAAUGAAGCCAAAGCGUCAGUACGUUGCUGUGUUCGUGGCAUUCCGUUCGUGGCAUGGGUUUUGUUUGCUCGGGGCCAGGUGCUCCUUGACCUCUUGAGUACUCCUUAGGCUUUAAAGAGGUAUUCCGUUAUGUUACGUCGUGUUUACCGUGCGAGGAGGGCUCUUAUAACAUGUCUCCAUUUUCCGCGGUUGUACCCUUGCAAUCGAUCGUGAUGGCCAAGCGAGGUUGUUGUCGAAGCUAGGACAAUCAAAAUGUACACACCGUAACGUUCCCGGUAUUUUCGUCAAAAGCUCAGGUUAGGUACGUGCUGAAACUAGCUCGUUCGACCCGUACCAUUGGGCAGAAUCUCGACUCGUGCAAUGUGCGGUCGUGAUGUCACAGCCCGUGUCAUGACUGUUCAUGACAUAUGCCAGUCGGCGUGGGGUGACGCUGUUUUAGUUAGUUCACCUUCAUGCACGUGCCAUAGUUCGUUGCCCGCAGUGAUGACAUCUUCACACACGUGCCAUAGUUCGUUGCCCGCAGUGAGGGCACCUUCACACGUACCAUUGUUCACUACGCGCAGUAAUGGCACCCUCACGCACGUGUCAUUGUUCGGUGCCCGCAGCUGAUGGGCUCUCUCCAGACCCACACGCUGUCGCAGGACGGGGACGGCUGCUGCCCACCAGCUGCACCCGCGCGCCAUACAUUACAGCGCGCCAGUAGGCGUAUACCGCAGCGUACACCAGUGCCAUAGGCUUCGUCGCGAACCGACAGUCACUGCACGGUGCGCACGUUCACAUCCAUACCUAGGUAGAAGCCUGGCAGAUAUGUUCAACAUUGCCUUUGUACGCUCAUCACCUGCUCGUGGAGCAUCGUCCCUCCCGUCCCCCGCGUUUCACGGCAGCCGCUGUGUCGUGCGCCCGUCUCAGCUGUGAUCUAGCCGCCCGGCUAGCUGUGGAACUCCCGCGCUCACGUGCCAACAGCUGGCUGUACGCUCCGCGUCGUGCGGCUGCUCCGUUUCUUCCGCCGUGGCCGUUCUUUUAAACGCUAUGUCAUAGACGUACGUCGCCGCCUUCGCUCCGAUUCCCCCGCUGUUUUCUGUGAUGGGUGGGUGAUGGCUUCAGCGUCGUCCGGCUACUGCGGUCCUGGCGCUGGACGGGCCGCCCCGACCUCGGACCAUGCACGCCGCUCCCGGUACCCCGCAGCGAGGGUGGCAGCCGUUAGCCGGUGCGUGGCGGGGACCAGCGAUGGAACCCAGCGUGCUCACGGCGCCUGAGGCCCGCACGCGACUGACCUCGCAGGCCGUGGCAUCGCAGGCUGCUUCCUCCCCCACAGCGUGAUGGACCCGACCGCUCGUCCAUUUAAUCGAGCUUCGAAUAAAGACUCGCUUGUCA